CGCCCUGGGACUGGCCCUGCUGAUGCUGCUGGAGGCUCUGGCCCCAGUGGAUGCCCAGAAGACAGUGAGAGCCUGGCAUGGGGCCCAUUCUGGAGCCCACUACUCCAUCCACUUCCUGUGUCCUUCCACUCCUCCCAGCCACUGUCUGCAGUCUGCACAGAAACAGCAUCAAGAGUGCAGACACAGGCGGCUGGACGCUGGCAGCCCAGACUGCUCAUCAGAAAAGACCACAGCCUGGGCCAGAUACCAUCACAGGAUGGAGUCACUGCAGAAGUCGAAGAUCCGGGGGACCCUCUACCAGCCACCCACACUGGCCUCCCUGCAACGCUUGCUGUGGGUCCGCCGACCCUCCACACUCAAUCACAUCAAUGAGGUCUGGCCUAACCUCUUCUUGGGAGAUGCGUAUGCUGCCCGGGACAAGAACCGGCUGGUCCAGCUGGGCAUCACCCACGUUGUGAAUGUUGCUGCAGGCAAGUUUCAAGUGGACACAGGUGCCAAGUUCUACCGUGGGUUGCCCUUGGAGUACUAUGGCAUUGAAGCUGAUGAUAACCCCUUCUUCGACCUCAGUGUCUAUUUUCUGCCUGCUGCUCAACACAUCCGAGCUGCCCUCAGCUCUCCCCGAGGUCGUGUGCUGGUCCACUGUGCCAUGGGAGUGAGCCGAUCUGCCACAAUUGUCCUGGCCUUCCUCAUGAUCUGCGAGAACAUGACGCUCGUAGAGGCCAUCCAGACGGUGCAGGCCCACCGAGAUAUCUGCCCUAACUCAGGCUUCCUUCGUCAGCUUCAGGUUCUAGACAACCGGCUAGGGCGGGGGACAGGGCGGCUGUGACUCAAUGAGCAGCCAGGAGCCCUGACCCUCCAUCAACACAGUGUGACCCAGUCAGUCUGGUCCUGGGAAUGGUUGCCUCUGCUGUUUCCAGAGGCCCUGAGAUGUCAACAAGCAGGCUAAGGGGAAGGGAGGGGUUGAGGGACUUAGCUGAGGCAGGGGCAGGGAGAGCCAGCCUGGU